AUGGCCAGAGCAAUUCAUGCAAAACAGCUUAUUCUACAGGAGAAGCUGUGGAGCGUGGAGGAAAAAAUAAGACAAAAAAUCCGGAGGGACGCUGCUGCAGGUGACGUCCAGAAGAGUGAGGAGCAGAGGCACGACAGGGGACGAGCAGAGAGGGGAAAUACUCAGACAAAAAGCAGGCCGUCUGAGCAGCAGAGGAGAGAACCAGUGAGAGGAAGAGAAAUGAUGAUGCAAGAAAGAGGACAGGAGGAUGUAAAACAACUUAGGAAGACGCAAGAUCAGAGGAAUGAGGACAGCAUGAGGAAUACACAUGAAGAAGAAAGGGCAAGGGGGAAAAGAAGGGAAAUAGAAGUUGCACAGUCGCAAAGAAAAGGUCAUAAAGGAACUCAUCGGAUCACAGUUCCUCAGAAAGAAGUGAGUGGAGAGCUAUACAAAUCAAGACCAGAGCUGAGGGAGCUCAGACAGGAAACCAGCACAGACGCCGGCCUCCAGCUCCUUCCCUGCACAGUCUGCAACAGAAAGUUUACAAGCGAGAGAUUAGACAAGCAUGUCCAAAUCUGUACAAAGUUUAAACAAUCACACCGUCCAGUUUUCAACUCCUACGUUAGUAGGACCAAGGGAUCUGCAAUAGAGCAGUUCUGGAAAACCCACAGCAGGAGCAAGAGUCCUGAGGUAGGCCAGUAUCAUCAAGUUUACAUAAAGGUUUUAAAGAAAAAGAACCAAAGACAGAACCACAAUGUAAACACAAGGAAUCUGCACGAGGGUCGACUCCCAGCUGGAACCUCACAACCAAAAUGGUCCAAGUGAGCUGUCCCCACAACGGAUCCAACUCAAAGUCCUU